UCAUUGCAAUUUGCUGUUUACAGGUGCUGCCAUUGAUCUAUGAUUAUAAAUGUUGAGCAUGAAAAUGGGAAAGGCAUUAGCGAGUUUCACUGAUAUGAAUUAAAGAGAACCAGGGGCGGACUGACAACUCAUGGGGCCCCUGGGCAAUAGGGCAUCAUGGGGCCCCUGUGUCCUUGCCCAAAAAAAAAGCCUAUGAAAAAAGUACCAGGGGCAUCUCACUCAUGGGGCCCCCUACUGACCCCGGGCCCUCGGGCAGUGCCCGAGUUUCCAAAU